AUUUCAUUUGGAUUUGAAUUGAGGACAAAGUAGUAUAACUCUGGACAAAAAUUAUCGGGGCAUUAUUUUUCGUUAAGUUAUUUGAAUUUCUUUUUCAUUCUGUUUUUGUGUCAAUUUUCUUUGGUUUGUUAUUAGUUUAAUUUUUGUUUAUUUUUCCAAAAUGUGUUCCAAAGAAUCUGAGAAAAUUAUAAUUUACAAUCGUGAGAAAAUUGAUCUUAAAUCAGAAAUUAAAAGAUUGAAACUUAGCGAACAAGAUGAUGCAGUAAAUUUGUGUGAUUUGACAAAUAUUAUUAAAAAAUUUGAAAUCUGGGAGAAACAUUUUCCACAAAUUAAGCCCUACUAUGCUAUCAAAUGCAACGAUGAAAGUCCAGUGUUGAAAAUUAUGUCAUCUUUGGGUGCAGGAUUUGAUUGUGCUUCCAAGAAUGAAAUCGAGAAGGUUCUUAAAAUUGGAGUUCAUCCCAAUCGAAUUAUUUAUGCAAAUCCAAUGAAAUCGAAAUCGUUUAUAAAACAUGCAAAGUCCAAAAACGUUACCGAUAGUACUGUGGAUAAUGAGUUUGAAAUUUAUAAAAUGUUUAAACAUUAUCCGACAUCAAAUGUUAUUCUUCGAUUUCGUUCUGAUGCUAAAAAGGUUUUAAGUCCACUUGGAAAUAAAUUUGGUUGUGAUGCAAAUGAAAAUGCAGCUGCUUUGAUACUUUUGACUAAAAGUCUUAACAUGAAUAUGAUUGGAUUAAGUUUCCACGUUGGUUCUGGUUGUCUGGAAUUAGAGGCUUAUGAAAGAGCCAUUUCAACCGGUAGCAGUUUAUAUAAAUUCGGAAAGUUUAUUGAUCAUAAUUUAAAAGUUUUGGAUAUUGGAGGUGGAUUUCCUGGUGAUGAUGAUGUUAUGUUUGCAAAUAUAGCAGAAAUAGUAAAUAAAGCAUUAGCUAAAUAUUUUGCUGGUAUCGAUGUGGAUGUUAUUGCAGAACCAGGAAGAUUUUUCGUGCACACCGCCUACACCAAUGUAUCGAAAGUAUAUGCAAAACGUGAAAUUAGAGCCGAUGAUGGAAAACAUGAAAAGACAAUGUAUUAUGUGAAUGAUGGAGUUUUUGGAACUUUCAGUUGUACUUUGUAUGAAGAUCUGCUAAUUGAAGCUAUUCAUUUUAAGGACGAAAAAAGUGAACUAUUCGAUAGCUUUAUUUGGGGACCAACUUGUGAUGGAUGUGAUAAGAUUCUCGAAAGUGUACGUCUUCCCAAUCUAGAAGAAGGAGAUCUUUUAGCUUUUCCAAAUAUGGGCGCUUAUACGGUUCCAAUAAUGAAUGAUUUUAAUGGUUUUGAUAGACCUAAAACAAUAUUUUACUUGAGAAGUGAUUACAUACAUUGCAUUUACUGAUGUUUUUGAAUGAAAAUAAAUAUCGAAAAUUAUAUAA